GCAAUUUCGUAAAAUCGAUAAGUUCACGAUCGGACGUCUCUCGAUGUUUCUUCGUAAGCGUCAUCCAGGUAUAAAGAUGUUUCGUCAUUGGGAAAUCUAGAUCCGAUUGUGUAAGAAAUUGAGUAACGGCAGCAUGUUUCUUCUUUGUUUCGUUGUCUCUUUUAUAUCGUGCUACGUAGUAUUUUCAAACACGUGGACAUCGUCGGAUAAAACGAUCGAACCAAGUGCGUUUAUCAUGAAUUACUCUAUCGAUCUUGCAUACGUACGUAUCAACAAGUAAAUAGAUAUAUUAACUAUGUAAAAGCAAGAGAGAAAUAUGUACACGUACUCUCUAUAUGUAAGCUAGAGAUCGAUCCAAUCGCGUAUUUUGAUAAUUUCUCAAUGGAGCUGCUUUUUCGAUUGAUGGAAGAUCAUCUUAAGUUCGAACUUAAGUGUUAUUUCUAAAAGAGAUUGAAAAUAUCUUCUUGAGUAGAUGAUUUCAUUCGAAAGGUCAGCCGGAUGAUCUUCGAUACGUUUCUCGAAUCUCAAAUGUUCGAUCCUUCUCUCCUCGAUUUUCAUACGUACUAGAUCCAAAGACGAUACUAUCCUUGCUAACCAAACGAUAUAUAGGCGAAGGAUUGUCUCAAGAAAGCAACUUUGUUUUGUUAAAGAGAGAAAGAAUAAGAAGCGGCGUACAAUUUACCUAUGACAAAUAAACGUCUGAAGAAGCCGGCGAUCGUAUAAAGCGACUAUUUGUCUAGGGUACGUUUUAGAAUUUCCGUGACGUAAGUUAUCUUUACUCAGAUCUUAUCACCCAUUUGCGUGAAUCUCCCUCUCUCUCUCCCGCUGUUUUUCUUUUGCCGAUCUGUUCGUUUGUUAGAGACUGGGUACUCUCUCGUGCCGCUACGAUUCACACGUCGAUGUUGCUCGUUUUAUUGCGUCGAACCAUUUAAUCUAGAGAUUAUCGAAAAAAAAAAAUUUUUAGUGCUCGUUUCGAUUUUCUUUCAUUUCCUCUCUUUGUUCUCUCAAACAUGUCACUUUCUCGAGAUCUUGUAUAUCUUGUGACUAACUAUAUAUUUAUAAGUAUACAUAUAUCUAGUUAUUUGUUUGUCGUCCUUCUAGUGUUUGCCUGCUCGGAUGAUAAAAGCUUUUUUUUCUGAUAGUAACAUUAAACGACACGCAUUUUUUAUUACAUUUUGAUAAUCGACGUCAUAUAAUUAGUAUCGAUAUUAUCGAUACUCCUUCUAGAAGCUACGUUCUCGUCGUUUGACAAUGGAAGCUUAAACGCAUUUCGUGACUUCCGUUUUGAACUGAUUUCGGAGGACAUUUCUAGCUAUAGAUAGAUACGUAUAGGUAGGUUGGGCUAUAUAUAGAUAUAUGUAGGUAGGUUGGGCUGCACAUCAUCCAAUGUCGAUCAUCGAGGCAAGUUAACAUGCAAGACCGCAAGGAAACGAGCGAGAGCGAAUGUGCCGAACGAUUCGAGCAGGUUUACAAGGUUCUCUGCCAUGAGCGAUGCUUGAAGCAUCUGCCAGCCGUGGAGGCUUAUCUCCGUGAGAAGCACUUGCGACUCUGCUCCGAUCGUAUACGACUCGAAGAAUGGCCGCCGAUAAUAGGUGGCAUCGCGAGGAAUCGAGACCUCGUGGAAAUUUUGAUCUACAGCCGGUCGCGACGCAGAAAGGUGCGAGAGAAGAUUAAUAAUGAGGAAAAGCUCGAGGCUUUGUGGCGAUACAGAGCGAAGGAGCAGCAACAGCAACCGAUAAUCUACACGAAUUUCUUGCUACGCUGUUUGCUGAAUUCCAUCAUGAUCUGCACGAGAGAAUCUUCGGCGUUGAAGUCUCUCGUACUCGAUGGCAUUCCGCUUUCACCGAAAUAUUUGCGUAUAUUGUGCGACGGUUUCGUUAACAAUAUUUCUUUAGAGAAUCUGUCUUUGCCGAAAUGUAGCAUCGGUGACACAGGUUGCGACAUGUUGUUGAACGCUUUACAAGACCUCCCAAAUCUGAAGACUUUAAAUCUUUCUGCCUGCUGUCUGACCAGCAGAAGCAUCGGAUCGUUAUCUUUGUUUUUAAAGAAAAGAAAAGGUAAUAUUUCGGAAAAUGUUUGGAAGGACAUGAAUACCGAAGAACGCAGAAAAAAGAAUUACGGAUUGCGCACACUCGUACUGAGUAAAAAUAACAAGUUGAACGAUAAUGGAAUUCGGCGAUUGAUGAACGCGUUGAAGAACGAUUUUUGGCUAAAAGUAUUAGGAUUGAGGCAUUGUGGCAUCACCAAAAUCGGAGCUGAGAUUAUCUUCGAAUUUCUUCGAACGAAUAGGGUAUUAACGACGAUAGAUCUGAGGGAGAACGACAUACCGAGUGAAAUUUUACGAUCGAUCACGAAGAUUUUGAGACAAAAGAAGAGCGAGAAAGAGGAAUGGAUCUCGACGAGAAAGAAAUCGGAUCGGCGAUACGAGAGGGAUUCGACGUUUCGCGAGAAAAGAUCGAAUCGAACGAAUACCGCUCGUCGAGUAUUCGUCGAUGGAAAAACGACGGAGAAUUUCACCGUGUCUUCUCGCGAGAUGAAAAAUUUCGAGGAAAAUCAAUUCGAGAUCGAACAAAAUUCCCUCGAUUUCGAUAAUUUGGACAACUUCGAAGAGUCCAAAUUGAAUUUGCAAGAUUUGCAGUUGCGAUUGUCGGAUCUAAUUUCGAGCAACGAGGCUCUGGAGAAAGAGAUCAAAAGAAAAGGAAUAUCUUUGGAGGAGGAGAAAAACCGACGAACCGAAGCCGAAGAAACUUGCGAGAAGAUAAAAUCGUUGUUGGAGAGGCUUAAAGAUAAACUUAUCGUUCGAUCGCGGACUCGUUCCGAAGAGGACAGAGGAGAUAAUCAACCUUUCGACGGUCUUCGCGGAGUUCUUAGAAUUUUGGAAGGGUUUUCUACCGCCGAUAAGUUACCCGCGAUCGAAAUGCAAGAAGGAUGAACCGUUAGUUGGUAAAAUAGAACGUUACUUACGAUAAAACAUUAAAUUCGUAGUUGUGUUUCUUUGCUAACGGAACAUCUAAUAACAAUACAUUUGCUUAUCCAUCGUGUCGAAACGUUUAGACCACGGAGAGUUCCUUAUGCUCUCGGUAUUGCCAAAAAUGACAAAUUUUGAUUCGUUAAAGCGUAUAUAUUCUUUAUGAUUAUUACGAUUAGAAAGAUAGAAGGUUAUCAACGCUGUAAUAUCGACGACUCGGCACGUUACCAUUUUAGUCGUUUCGAGGCAUCGCUGUAAGGUGGAGCGUGUAGUAAGACUUUUCGAAAUGCUCGCGGUCUGUCAAAUGAUAAAUAGUUGAUA